GUCGUCCUUCAGACAAACAUGAGAUUUAAGCACAAUCUUCGCUCUCAUACGAGAGUAAAAGUGUAUACAAUACAGAACCAAGAACUCUCACACUCGGUCAAAGUCGCACCAACUUCAACACUUCUACAUUCAACCCAACAUGGAUCCAUCAUUAGAUUCAUCACCAUCGGCUGAACCAGCCCAACCAACCCUCUCAAGCAGCAAAGACACCCCGGACCUGCUUCUCAAAGACUCAAUCAUGGACGAAACGCCAGACGGCCACCAGCCCCUCCCGGAGGCUGCCCCCCUACUCAACGCCCUUCUCACCCUCAGCCAGACCCUCAACCCACACAUCAACCAUGACGUUACCACCAAUAUCGAAGACGAAAUCACAACCCUCCCGCUCUACACAGAAACCUCGCCCUCCCAAGUCCUCUCAUGCACCUCGCCUGAAGCGCUCCUCACGACCAUCCUCACCGACCACCCCUCCCUAACCACCCUCCUCUCCCUCCCGCUGACAACCUACCCCCUACCACUGCACCCAGUCUGGGGCACCGCAGCCACCAACCCGCUGGCAUCCAACCCAGCCCUAACCGACGACGAUAAGCAAACCCUCCACACCACCCAACUUCAAAUCAUCACCACCUUCUACGACGCCCUCGCCGCCCGUGACACCGCCCUCGUGACCCUCUUCAUCCAGCACGGCUUCGUCUCUCCCGACGUCCCUUCCUCCAUCGGCAUGACUCCUCUCCUCGCAGCCGUCCAACACGGCGACGGCGCCAUGGUCUGCACACUAAUUGGCCUCGGGGCGAAAGUCAACGGCUACGGUUCCAUACCAGACCCGAACUGGGCCGACCAACGUCUAGAGAGAACUCCGCUCAUGCUCGCCGCCGCGAGAGGGAAUCUCGCGUUGGUCAGAUUGCUGAUGCAAGAUUUUGGCGCCGACGACGGCAUCAUUGCGCCUGACGGACAGCUUGCGCUGCGGCUGGCGGCGGAUGCGGGACACAGGGAGGUGGUGGCGUACUUACCCGCGCGGAGAGGGGGUGCGUGGCGGAGGUGGAAGGCGCAUCACGCGAUAGCACUGCGGAGGGUGAAGGCGGCGGGGGUGAGAAUAUGGUGGUUUUUUAAGGUGUUGGGUUGGUGUGUGCCCAAGUUCUUUGUGUGGGAUAUCCCGAAGCAUGGGCUUGUUAAGCCAGCGUAUGCGGGAUGCAAGUAUUGUUGGGAGAACAAGCAUCGGUUUGGGGGUUGGUGUAGGAGGCAGGUGGUGGAGUUUCCUGGACGCGUCAAGAGGGCCACCAAGGCGGUUUGGAAGGGGGUGAAAAAGGUGCCGAAGGUGGCGUGGAGUGUGAUGAAGGAGAUCCCGGAGGCGAUCAAGAGGCUGCUCAAGUGGUUGUGGAAGGUCAUCACUCGCAUCCCCUCAGCCAUGAAGAAGAUAUGUGUGUGGAUCUGGGAGAACUUGAAGAGGAUGGGAAAGGCGGUGGGACACGUGUUCCUGCGUGUCGUGUCGGUGUUGCACACAGCUGGCGCCGCCGUGCUGGACUUCUUUAGGAACAUCAAGCUCAAGGAUGUGUGGAGCGGGGUGUGCGACGUCUUCGAUGCCAUCUUACGCGGUCUGCCGCUCGCGAUAUGGAAGAUCAUCACGUCUUCCGGGUUUGUCGUGGCUGGCGUCAUCAUCGGCCUCUUUGGAUUGGCAGGGAAGCUGGUGGUUUUCCUGGUUCAGGCACUGUGGUACGUCGUCCAGUACGUCCCGCGGCAGCUUGGGGAGAUUCUGGCGGGAAUUGGGACCUCGAUCGCCAACGGAUACCACGAGAUCAUGGUCUGGAUCAACCCCAAGCAUUAGGGCUAUUUUUCUUUGUCAUGGUGCGGUGAUCUUACUUGAUACCCCUUGCAACGGUGGGAUAGACGUCUAGUUUGUUAUCGCUCUUAAUACUGCUAAUAAAGUCGAGUCUCGUCUGAUGUGCUACAAAA